AUGCGUUGGUGGCAGCUGAGCCGCACGGUCUAUUGCGUCAUUAAUCGCAACCUGGUUUGGGCUUCAACUUUAACUGCAUCACCAAAUCGGGCUACCCUCUCUCCCCAGUCUCUGAUCUUAAAGUCUCGGAGUUUUACUCUUACCUCCCAUUGUCGCUUAUAUUCCCACUUGCGUAUUCGAACCUCUCCGCAGAAUCAGACACUCCUAGUUUCGUCCCGUCAAACCCACUACAGCAUCCCGUCACCGAACCCUCGCCGCAAAUCCAUCAUCUCUCGAACCAUGUCUUCAGACGACGCUUACAUGUCCUUCUUGGAUAAGGCCAACGCAGACCUUAAUAACGCUCGAGGGCAACAAACUCAGCAGUCGUCCGGCGUGCGCACGGAGACCGUCGAUGUUGGCGUCCAGAUCCCCGCUCCACUCAGAUCAGUGGAUGCAUACUACGUCUCCGAGACAGACGAGCCCUUUGAGCCGGUAACAUUGAGAUGGGAGGGCGCGAAUAAGGGAACUUGGCCCGGUCCUGCCGAAUUCUCGAGACUCAUCUCACCUGACGCUGACCUCUCCUCGUCCAUUGAGACAUUGACGCCUUCGACCUUUGAUCCUAAAAACCAUUAUUCGGCUGCUCUGCGCGCGGUGCGGGCCGCGGUCGCGCAAGCUUUUGGUGGUGGUGAGCCUGGCAUCGAUGAAUCGGAUGUAGAGGUUAAGGUGUACCGGGUGGAAGUUGGCAAAUCGCGCGUCCAGUAUUAUAUUUUGGGACUAGACGCUGAGGGAGGGACUAUUGUGGGAUUGAGGGCGAAGGCGAUCGAGUCUUAG